CCACAAUACUCGUUGUACCGUAGUAACACAGCUGCAGUAGCCCUUACAUUAUGCUAAGCGGAAAACUCGACACUGGCGAAAUCUUAAAAAGAAGGAACCGCCAUUGAGCAAAACGAAGAAGUUCUACUUGUGACGUACUUGGGAGCUCGUGACAAUACAAUAUUAAUAAUUUGUGGUGACAGUUAUAAAUAUAGCAAAUAAAAUCUCGGUGACUUUACGCUUUUUUAUGCACUACAAAUGGAGGUAAAAGAACAUGUGGAAAAGACCAUUGCCAAGGGUAGUCUUUUACGAUGUAUGGAUUGGUUGCAAAAACAAAACAGCCAGGAACCUAAGAAGCUGUCAUUGCAGAAUAAAAACGAUAUUCAGUUUAUAAUCCAAACAAACGCCGAUCGCAAGAAGUUUUUAUUGUCAGCGGCUGAAGAUGAAGCAUCUGUGCCUCCAGGCGUUGAUGAACCUGACGUUGAACCCAAACCCGUGUCACUGCGGAGACUUAGACUGGAUAAUCUACGCAUGGAGUGUGAAUGGCAGUCAUGCAAAUGGGUGUUCAAUAACUACGAUCUUAUGCAAAAACAUGUAAGAGAUCAUAUGUCAGAAGUACAUGUAAUUGAAGACAAAGAGAAAGUGGAAUAUGUCUGUCUUUGGGAUAUAUGUGGUCACAAAACAAUGGAUUUCCAAGAGAUGGUUCGCCAUAUUAAUUACCACGCAUACCACUCUCGACUUCUUGCAAUUGGAUUCAAUGGCAGGGCCACUUUGAAACUUGCACGGUGUAAGAAGGAUAGCAGUAAGAGAAAUCAGCUGCCAUUGCUAUACUGUGAUCAUGUUUGUAUGUGGACAGGGUGUACGGAGAAAUAUAAUUCUAUUCAGAUGUUCUUCGACCAUGUCCGCCAACACACGAAUUAUUCAGAGAACAGUCUUUGCUCAUGGGCGGGUUGUGGUGCGACGUUCCCGCGACGCAGUUUGUUGGCCAUGCACGUUCGGUCACACACGCGUGAACGGCUCAUUGCGUGCUACCACUGCGGUUUGCACUUCUCGUGCAAUCGUAAACUUACCGAGCACUUGCAGAGACAGAACGUGUACCCGUACUCGAGCCACAGCUGCUCGGUGUGCGGCGCGCCGUUCGCCACGGAGUACCUGCUGCGCGAGCACGCGCGCCAGCACAUCAGCGCGUACGCCUGCGCGCGCUGCGACAUGUCGGCGCCGUCGCCGGCCACGCUGGCGCAGCACUACCGCUACCGCCACUUCGCGCCCGACGACGCCCGGGUGCACGCCUGCCCGCACUGCCCCUACAGGGCAGUAACAAAAUCUGACUUACGAAUGCACAUACCGACUCACACUCGUAAGAAAAGGAAACUCAAAAAGGAAAUGGACAGCGACAAAGAAAUGUCAGAUGAAGAAAAUUCUGAAAUAGAAUCAAAACCGAAGAAAGUAUCUAAUAAGAAGUAUGCAUGUCACAUGUGUCCGGAGAAAAAAACAAAGGUGUUCUCAAGAGGGAGUAGAUUGACCACGCAUUUGGUUAAAGUGCAUGGAGCGCAGUGGCCUUGCGGACAUAGCCGGUUUAGAUACCAAAUAAGUGAAGACGGCAUGUACAGACUGACAACAACGCGUUACGAGUUUCUAGAAGUUUCCAAGAAAAUCGUCGAUGGCUACCCGAAGGAAUCCAUCCGCAAUUCCUUCGAAUUCAAUGUAGAACUAAAAGCUGAAGCAACGGAGACCACUCCUAAACAUUUUGAAAUAACCUUGAAAGAGAAUAAUGAAAACGAUGAUAAAAAAGUUGACGAAAAUAUUGAAAAACAGCAAAAGAUGAAGUCCGUUGAUAGUGGAGUGGAAAUAACGAUGUGCGAGGUUGAUGAGCUAGGCAAUAUCAUUAAAUCUGAAGUUGUUCAAGAUGUUGUUUACACAUAAUCUGCACAAUAAUUUUACAAAAAUAGUGUAAUGAAAACGAAAACUAAAAAAUAACGAUCAUGAUCAUUGACUUACAAAUAAAUUGACGACGGGUCUAAUAAAAAACCACGAAAAAAAUGU